GCGAGUCCGCCUCUACCGAGGUAGAAGCGCGCCCUGGGCUGUGGGGGGCGCGGUCGCGGUGGCGCCCGGACCUGAGGAGGCGGCAGCUCUGCCAUCUCAGGACUCUGCCCUUCCCCAAGAGAGGAACCAGGAGGAGGACCCAUCAACCCUUGAAAUUCUAAAAGUCAUGUCCCUUGGGUCAGAAUUGUUCAGAGAUGUGGCCAUAGUCUUCUCCCAAGAAGAAUGGCAGUGGCUGGCACCUGCUCAGAGGGAUCUGUACAGAGACGUUAUGUUGGAGACCUACAGCAACCUGGUCUCACUGGGUCUUGCCAUUUCCAAACCUGAUGUGAUCUCCUUCCUGGAGCAAGGCAAAGAGCCUUGGAUGGUGGAGAGGGUGGCGACAGGAGACUUGUGCCCAGUAUUGGAAUCUGGAUAUGGUACCAAGGUAUUAUCUCCAAAGCAGCAUGUUUAUGAAGUUGAAUCACCCCAGUGGGAGAUAAUGGAAAGCCUUACAAGUUAUGGUCUUGAGUGCUCGAGUUUCCAAGAUGACUGGGAAUGCAGAAGACAGUUUGACAGACAACAGGGAAAUCCAGACCGACAUUUCAGUCAAAUGAUCAUCAGUCAUGAAGAAAUUCCCACUUUUGACCAUCAAACAUCCCUUACUUUUUAUCAGAAAAUUCAUACUGGAGAAAAAUCCUAUGGAUACGAUAAAUGUAGAAAAGACUUCUGGCAAAAGGAAUUCCUUAUUAAUCAUCAAGGAAUUCAUACUAAUGAGAAACCCUACAAAUGUAAAGAAUGUGGGAAGGCCUUUAAAUAUGGCUCACGAUUAAUUCAACAUGAGAAUAUUCAUUCUGGCAAGAAACCCUAUGAAUGUAAGGAAUGUGGAAAGGCCUUCAAUUCUGGUUCAAAUUUCAUACAACAUCAGAGAGUUCAUACUGGUGAGAAACCUUAUGAAUGUAAGGAUUGUACGAAGGCCUUCAGUCGAAGCUCACAAUUGAUUGAACAUCAACGAAUUCAUACUGGUGAGAAACCUUAUCAGUGUAAGGAAUGUGGCAAGGCCUUCAAUCGGAUUUCACAUCUUAAAGUACAUUAUAGAAUUCAUACUGGUGAAAAGCCCUAUGCAUGCAAGGAAUGUGGGAAAACCUUUAGUCAUCGGUCUCAGUUGAUUCAGCAUCAGACUAUUCAUACUGGCAAGAAACUCUACGAAUGUAAGGAGUGCGGGAAAGCCUUUAAUCAAGGCUCAACACUGAUUCGACAUCAGAGAAUUCAUACUGGUGAGAAACCCUAUGAAUGUAAGGUAUGUGGAAAGGCCUUUAGAGUGAGCUCACAACUUAAGCAACAUCAGAGGAUUCACACUGGAGAGAAACCCUACCAAUGUAAGGUGUGUGGGAGGGCUUUCAAACGGGUCUCACAUCUUACUGUACAUUACAGAAUUCAUACAGGUGAAAAACCAUAUGAAUGUAAGGAAUGUGAGAAGGCUUUUAGUCAUUGCUCACAACUGAUUCAACAUCAAGUAAUUCAUACUGAGGAAAAGCCCUAUGAAUAUAAGGAAUGUGGGAGGACGUUAAGUCACGAUUCAGCUACUGUUCAACAGCAGAAAAUGCAUAACAGAGAAACACAUGUGAAUCUAAUAAACGUAGAAAAGCCUUCAAUCAGCACUUAUCCCUUAUUAAUCAUCAGAGAAUUUAUGCUGGCAAGCAACCAUAUGAAUGGAAGUAAUGGGGAAAGCCCAUUAGCUUAGGCUAAUCACAACUUACUCUUGCCUCUUAGAGGAAGACUUGAAGAAUGUAAUGCAAAUGAGAAUGCCUUCAUUUAGAGCUUAUCCUUUAUCCUAAGUCAGAAAAUCCAUAGCAAAGAGAAAUUUUAUGGAUGUAAAUUGCUUAAAUCAUGAUUGUCAAAGAAGCAGGGAAAGGCUGGAAAAAAUUUUGUCUCUCCAGAAUAACAUUUUCUAACCACAGUGUAAUAAUUUUAACAAUAGUUAAAAGUUUUCGUUUUCUUGGAAAUUAAAAAAACACAGCCAAAUUAUUCUUAGAUUAAAACAAGGAAAUAAAUCAUAUCAUCACCAUGAAUGGUAAUGAAAAGAAUGAAUUGAGAGAUUUACAUGCCAAGAGACAUAAGGUGUAGGCUACAGCGAAAGAGAUGUGAGAUGUAGCCAAAGGUUCACCCAGAGAAAUUUUUACAGCCUUUAAAUGCAUGCAUAUUACAUGAAAACCUGUAAGAUUAAACUAUAAUACACUAAAUGUUCUACUAAAGACUACCAAACAUGCAGACAAUAAAAGAAAAAAAGUAAGAAAAUAAAAACAGAAAAUGAUGAAAUAGAAAGUGAUCAUCUUACAAU